CCCACUUUAUAUUUAAAAAAAAUUGGAAACGAGUUUUUAAAGGCGAUGUAAACGAUCCACAAAUAGCGUGUACCCAUCACUAAGAUGGAAUCGUUUCACAAACAAAAAAAGAAUUUAAACGUCUGCUACUUAUUAGUUAAAACAAACACAGGGAAGCGGCAAUAUUAAUUAUUAAAAAUCAUCAAAUUCAGUCCAUCAUUCAUUCGAAAACGGUUAACCAUAAAAUGUUAAUGAAACGAUUCAAUUCCACAAUCCCAACUGAGAAGAAACGAAUGUUGAAUCUUGUUGUUAUGGUGAGUAGCAACGAACAUUUUGUGUUAAAAAAUGGUGGCAGUAACAUCACUAAAAAAGAUUAUUCAAUUUUAAACUAAAAAUUAAAAAGAAAUAAAAAGAAAUAUAUAUACAAAUAGAGAAAGUAAUUUUAGUAGUUUGUAAAAGCAGAUAUAUGCGCGUAACGUAUUAAAGGAGUUUUAAUUAUGGUUAGAACGUAUCAAGCGAAUAAUUAUAAACUUGUUUCGCCAUGGGAGCAAGCAAUGAGAAAUGCAGAGCAAGCGGAAGGGAAGCCCAUUACCACAGGAAAACGAAUGUACAGUGACGUAAACACAACACAGGCAUCGGGCGAUCAGAGAGUACACAAACUUCCUCCUAUUGGUAACAAUCCAGAAGAACUCUAUCACUUUCUCGGCGAAGAAAUCGGAAAAAUAUUAGUGCGAUCAAAAGAAAAGAUAAAAAAGAUUUCCAAGGAGUUUGUACUUUAUGAUCCACUUGAGUCUGGAAUGAUGUCAAAGUCGGCAGCACUUGAAAUCUUAAAGACCUAUCGUGUACCGCCCAACGAAAAUUUUCAGAAACAACUCAUCGAAUUGUUUAUUAAUGUCGACGAACCUGGAAAAAUCAAACACAAAGAGGUGAUUGAGUUUUUCCAGAACAGCAGAAACGCUGCAGUAGAGAGAAUUGAACAUGAAAAACAACAAGACGCAACACAAAAACAGUCUCAACAAACCUUUAACAACAGUUAUACCGGGCGCUAUGAUAGUACGCCCUCGAACGAACCAAUGGAAAACCAGCACUUAAUUAAAGCAAAACGGGGCGAAGCCGUACGCCAAGCGUUUGCUGAACGACGUGACGCAGGUUUGUUACUUGAGGUUGAGCGUGCAUUGCUCUCGUAUCACAGUGUAGACCCAGUUGACUUGAUUAACCAAUUGGAAGAUAGUCUCCGUAGAUCAUGCAGAAACGACGAGGGGUUGGUUCCAAAUCUCCAUGUAAAAAGUGUAGUUGGCAAGCUACAGUUUCCUAUCAACACUGCACUUACAUUGAAGUGUAUUGAAAGAUUAGAUCCUUUUGAUAAUGGAAAGAUAGAAUAUGUGAAAUUCAUUGAAUUCUUUCGUCGAGCUAUCAGGGCAUCACCUCGAAAUAUCCCUCCGUCUCGCAUGUCAACAAGUCACUCAAACUACAGACCUGAAGCAGUUCCUGAAAAACCUGCGUGGGAAAACAAAAAGCCAUUACACAAUAUACAGUCUAGUACUCGUUCUCCCAGAGAAAAACCACAAGUUUAUCAGAAUGAAAGACAUGACCCAUAUGAAAAGGACAAUUAUUACGACAACAAACCACGACCUAAGAAAGAUGGACACAAGUCAGAACAAAACAUGGCUGAACAAUAUCAAGAAUCUUUGUACUCAGUACCAGAAAAGCAAGAAAGUCAACCAAGGUAUAAUCGAACUAAUUCAUACGAUCCAUAUUUGGAAUUACUUUCUAAAUCAUAUCUCGCAUCGGACUACAAGGAGACACCCAACUUGUUAGAUGACGACAUCAAAGAUACAUUCGCGUCCAACUUAGAAAAACUGAGAAGCGAACAAAACGAGAAAAUUACUACAAACAACAGGACAUACUUCGAUGAUACAUACUUCAACGAUACAUACUUUAAGGACACAAACACUGAGGAAAAAACAAGAGAUUUUUCAGCAAUGCCACUAAGAGGAGAAGCGUACAAAAGAGUAGCAGACGCUCUGCAAGAUAAAGGGAAAUUCAAUAACGGUGUUCUCUCAAACACAGAAGUGCGACAGAUCGUGAACUAUUACAACCUUCUCUUUGACACAAACAUACCGUUACAACAAAUCGAUAAUGUUUUGGAAAAAGUUUCAACAAAUAAUCAAGUGGAUGUACGUGAAAUUGUGGACGCAUUUGGAAAUGAGAUUAACUAAAAAUAACAACAUUAUGGCAUAAAUAAGAUGUCUCAUCAUUGUGGUCGAAUCAAAAGAUUUGAGAAAAGAUAACGCUUUCCCAAGAAAUUUAAAACCACUUUUCUGCUUGUAAAUAUUGUAUUUCAUGUGCUUGUAUUAUAUUUUUCGUACAUUUUGAUCAAAAAAAGCACCUGCGAAAA